AUGUUAUGCAUUCUUUUCAACAGCACAUACUUCAUAACAGCCCCGAGUGUGUUCCGUCCUGGGCAGCUCUUCACACUUCAAGUAUCACUGAGCAGCAUUGUCACUACACCAGUCAACAUAACAUGUGAAAUUGUGGAUACAACCAAACAGAAUGUUUUGAUUGCAAGUGAAAGUGGUUUUUUCAGUGCUGGUGAGAGUUCAUUGAAGCUUCUGCAACUUUCUCUGCUGUAGCACAACAUCAAAUUUCUUGGUCCAAAUAUCAACACACAUCUAUUGAGCAUUUUAUACAACUCAUGACAAAAAUGUGCCUUGAAACCUGGUGAUGAAGGAUAGCUAGGAUAGCCUGCAUGGCAGGCGUUAAUAGGGGAAGGGGAAGGGGAAAUUUGGGCAUGCUCUCCUAUGCUAUUUUCUAGGAGAGUUGACAUUACAUGUACUUUUUAUUAUUUUUAUACAUGUUUGACACUCCAGGAUCAAAAGUCACGUACUUUUAGGGUUGCAGUUGCUUUUGACCAAUUUUUGAUAAUUAUUCAAAAUACGUUACUUUAUUUUCUUAUUCCUGCAGGAACUGCUCAAAAAUUGACUCUCAAGGUACCUUUGUUGGUUGUUUUUCUUUUUUUUUUCUAUCCAUUUUUUCUUUAAAGUUGUGAGUAUGGAAUCUGCAUAUUUUGCAUUAUGUGUAGGAUCCAGAAAUAUCCAUACCUCUGCACCCACAGAAGGUCUUUUUUCUAAGACCCUAUUGGGGAUUCUUAUGAACACUCAGUCCAUACAUUUGUUUUGUUAAUAUACUAAGGGUUUUUUUCAAUUUUUGACAUAAUGGACUAGUUAAGGAAAGUCUGUCAACACCACUAGUACUGGAAAGAGAGCCUUGAAAUUACGUGAACUUGAAAAGUUUAAAAGUGAUAGUCCUAAGCGAACAAAGAUAGAGCUCUGCAAAAUUGCUAAAAUUUACUGAGGUUUGCGCGGGUCAAAAGUUGAAAAACAUCAUGGAAAGGUCUAUUAUAACAUUUUGUUUAUUACGCGUUCUUGAUUUAAGAUUCCUCAUGGAGUGGCCUCUGAUUCUGGAUAUUAUGUAUUGGCUGUUAAUGGAACAGGAGGUGCCACUUUCUCAGAAAGGAAAUAUAUUCGUUUUGUGGAGAAGGGCUUUACAAUUUAUAUACAGACUGACAAAGCAGUGUACAAACCUGGACAGAAUGGUAGGUACAGCAUAUAAUUUCUGUGCUGUAAAUUUACAUGAAACUUUCAAUUUCUUUAGGAGUUACUUUUAAUUUGUACUGUAGCAUCUUACAGUGUACAUUUCAUUCUUCCUUAUUAAAAGUCUUUAAUUUGUUGUUAAUUACAUCAAGGCACUGUGAAUAACAGUAAAGUUUUUAUCUGCUUUUAGUUAAAUUGUAAGAUAUUCGUCUUGACAGUUGUUGUUGUUGUUGUUGUUGUAGUUUUGAUGCGCAUUUUUGCAGUCCAUCCAGACCUUAAAGUUUAUAGAGGCAAUGUGAGUGUCACUUCUUAAUUCGGGUUGUUAUUGUAAUAAGUAAACAAGUAGAUAUUAAUUGAUUUUAUCGCUAAAUUUAGUGAAACUGCAAUAAAAACUAAUUUGAUGAGAAUUAUACAUGUUGGGAGCAAGAGUGAAGACAUUGGGCCACAAAAUGGCAGGAUUGUUUAAAAGUUCUCAGUAUAUGUACACUUGAAAAAAUUUCAUGUUGAAACCAUUGAGAUGAAAGACUGUGUGUUCUUGUGGGAAAAAUUCUUUCCCAGUUGGUGCAAUCAAUAGAUCAGAGCAAGAUCACAGGAAAGGAGAGCCAGCCCAGAUAACCAGUCAUACUGUAAAAUUCUGAAAAUAAGCCCCGGGACUUAUAUUUUUUCAAAGGCCCUUUUUGAGGGUUUUUUUUUUGGAGGGGCUUAUCUACGGAGGGAAUUUACCGUUUUUGCUUUGUUUUAUUCUGUAUUUGAGAGCAAUUUCCAAGUACAAGCCCCCAGGGGGGCUAUAUUUGGAGGGGUGAUUAAAUUGGAGCUUUUUUGUGUUAUGAAUUUGGGGGGCUUAUAUUUGGAGGGGCUUAUACAUGUAUUUUUCAGAAUUUUACGGUAUAUGUCAACUCUCCCGAAUAUGGCACUGAUCUCCCGCUCUCCUAUAUGGGCCACAAAAUCUCCCAGAUAAAAUGGACUUUUGAGCUUUUUUGUACUUUACAUGUACAUGUAGUUUGUAAUUUAGCCCAUUUUUCACGAAUACAAACUUUUUUUAAGACUUCAUAUAAUGUCCCAAGUCAAUCCCAUGUCAUAAUUUGGCAGCUGGAUCAAUUUGUGGGCUGGGUGGGGCGGGUGGGAUGGGGGGGGGUGCGUUAACAUUCAGGUGGGGUAGUGCAAAAGGGAGAGUCUCCAGAUUCCUUGUUUGCCCCCAAAAUUUUUACAAAGCAUACUUGUCUUUUAUUUCUCUUGGGUACUACUCUAAUUCCUGAAAAAGUUAUGCAAAGUUUUGGGGGGCAAACAAGGUGUAUUAUGGGAGAUGUGCAAGAAGCGAAUAGAUAUUUUCAAAUUUUCGUUGUGUUCAUAAAAUGAUUUAAAAUAGUCUUUAUUACAAGCAAUAACUGUUCUUUCUUGUCUCAUUCAGAUGACAGUGGACAUUUUGGUGAGUAAUAAGUAAUAAGUGCCUGACUUUGAGCAUACAGUUUCCAAAGGUUUUUACAAUCAACUUGGCACAUAGAGCUCUUCAAUUAUUAUUGACUUAUUUUAUUUUAUUAUUUAUUUUAGGAUCCUAAUGGUAAUAAAAUGGCACAUUGGGUCAACCUCAACAGUGCAUCAGGUUUUGUUUUUAAAUUAUUUCUAUAAAUAUUGCUUUAUGAACAUGUAAUAAUCAACAAUUUCUGUAACAGGUUUUUGAAACUCCAAUGCAAAAAAUGCUAAGAUACUGAGAAAACGGGUGCACAAGUUUAACCAAUGUCAGCUAUGCUAUAAAGUAUGUAUUUUACUGAAAGCUGAGAUACAAGGUAAUUUUUGUAUGGAAGCAGAGAGUUUGUUGUAGAAGGAUAAGAAUUGCAUGCAAAGUAGAUCAUUGCAGAUCAAGACACAACUUGUGCAGUUGCAAAAAAAGGUCAGGCCUGCCAGGAUUCAAACCCUGACCAGCUUUGCGAUACCAGUGCAGCACGGUUGUAAAUAACUGAGCUAGCAUUCGGGUACAGGUGACAUACUGUUAAGGGGGAAACCUGCAGUAUAUUAGUAUCUCAGCCCAUGACUACUGUUAGUGAACUGGGGUGGGUUGAGGGCGGUGGUAGCAGGGGGUGUAGAGGUGAGGAAGCUUUCUGAAACUAACAAGAAGUACACUGUCAGUACCUUAAUAAAGAAAAAAUGUCUUUCCAUUAUAGGGGUGAUCAAGAGAGAAUUUCUCCUGUCAACUCAGCCAGUUGAGGGAAACUGGAAGAUAUCUGUUUCAGCUGCGGAGGUAUGUACAUUUAAGUCCUGUUAAAUAUUCAUAAUAUUUUCAAAGGAGAUGGUAUCUUGCAUUUUUCUUGCAAUGAAGAUCAAAUAUUACAGGAAUCUUUGAUCGUGAUACAAUUAUUAUGUUAUGCAUGCAGGGCUGUCAACCCCCCACAUCUUCAAAUAUUUAGAAUUGAUAGGGAAGGGGUGAUGAUAAAUGGCGUUAUAAUGCACAGUACAUAUGACGUCAUUUGUGCAAAAAAUACUCGUCGACUCCUGACACAAAAUGCGCGAAAACGGAUGUUGUUAGCAUUUUAACAUUUGACCUGACUGGUUUACUUCCCACCAAUCAAAUAUUAUUAUAUUACAAUUGCAUACCAGAGUUUGUGAGGAAAAUUAAUGUUCAAUGUUAACAGUAAAGUAGCUCAAACAACGCAACAUGAGAUUUUAUUGUCAGUAAGUUGAAUCUAUGAGAAAUGGCAAACCUCAGUGAUCACCAGGAGAUUUCAGACUCUAAUCUGGAAACCAAGAGAUAUGGUCCAAAAUUUGGAGUGAGUUGACAGCACUGUUCAUGAUUGAUGUAAUUGUAAUAUAUAUGAAUUAAAAAGCAUUUCUUUUAGACUGGCUUUCAAUUUUUAGACCACAAGGUUAUUUGGCACUGGUUUGAAUGCACCAGUUAACAUUUGAAUGCACCAGUUAACAUUCUCAUCUGCAGAAUCGCCCUCUUUGAAACAGUUAGACAGUUUGAAAAUUGAUAUGUGAAUGAAUCAAUUUUUGGCAAUUAAUUAAUUCGGCUUUUGUAGGAUAUGAAGAAUUAAUCAGAUAGAGGAGGGUGUUUGGCCAAGGUGGAUAACACCCUCCGAGAUCUGCUUAAUUCUUCAUAUCCUACAAAAGCCGAAUUCAUUAAUUGCUUUAUUAUUCAUUCAAAAUAAUUCCUAGUUUAAAAACAUAGCUAAAAUAUGCUUACCUGCAUCGAUGUUAAGUUCAUCUUCGAUAGUGAACGUUUAGGUUUGUCCAGCUCUGCAAAUAUUCUUCAAAUAGGAAAUGUCACCCUCCAAAUUGUUUUCUUGCUUUUUUUGCCAUGUUGUUAGCUAUUAUUUUGCCUAGUUCCAGCUGUAGUUCUUACUCUUGAAAUGAGUGAAAUGUCCACCUUUUUUUUUUUCACAACCAAAACAACUCAACCUUGUCCCCAGGUCUUUUUGGUAAUGGUGCCUUAACUUGUAGCAGACUGCAUUUUUGACGUCAUUUCCUCAAUAAACACAAAUUCUUCCAAAUUUGGUCAUCAGUUUACAACUAAUCAGGUAGACGAAGAACCACUUUGUGGAUGUGCUACCUCCAAAUCAUUAUUUAUUUAUUUAUUUAUUUGAUUAUGGCAAAUUAUGCGUGUGCUUUAGCCAAUCAGUUUUGGGGAAAUAUUUUGAAUGAAUAAUAAUAUAUUUUAACAAAUAAAUUACAUGUUUUAAUAUUUCAAUACUGACUUUUCAGUUAAAAAUGAGGCAGAUAAUUUGCAUUAUAAAUUUGCGUUCACUAAGGUUUUGAUAAAGCCAGUGUAUCUGUGAAAAAGAACAUUGCAAGACAUGAUUGUACGUGUAUUCAUUUGUUUGUUACAUGUAAACAAAGGGUCUAUGUGUAUGUUGACUUUUACCACAAAAUUUUAUCCUGAGGCCUGCUCAAAAACAUUAGCCUGAGAAAACAAAUUUUUCUCCCCGCUCAUCACCCAAACAUCUGUUUUCACAGGCUACAAAAACAUGCUAUAUUAAAAACGUUUGUUUUUAUUCAUUAUUAGGAUCAAAAAGCAGAGCAAGUGAUUGAAGUGAAGCCUUAUGGUAUGUACGUGUAUACUCGCUUCGUAAAACCAAUGCACCAAUCUUCUGUUGGUUUGAGAGUUCUAUAGUUAACAAUACAGGGCGCUUUUUGAAUGUGUUUUAUCACCAUCUCAUUUAGGGUCAAAUUACAGUGUACAUGCAAUUUAAUUCAUUCCAGCUUAAUUUCGGCUCUGUUUUUCAUACUCCUUUGGAAAACAAAAGAUCACUAAAUUGUUUCAUAGUAGGUGGGAUACAUCUAUGAUUGGCGGGGUGAGUGUUUUCCUGAAUCAACUGUUGUUGACAAGUAACUUACAUUUCCACAACCUGUGCAGUUAAGUCAUCUUCAGAGUCAACGUGAGUUGUAUCAUGUCAGUUGCAGGGUCCGAAAUUGCGCCUUCCUGGUCGCCAAUGCGAGUAAAAAUUUAGUCCUGGCGACCAGAAUUUCAUACCUGGUCGCCAGCUAGCGACUUGUAAAGCUGGUUGUUAUUGUGGACUUAAACGUUCGGAGAAACUAAUUAAGAAUUGAAACCUCGAAAAGCUAUUUGCCAACAGGUGUCUUCCUUUUUGUCCUGCUGAUAUUUUUUAAUUAAAAGGGAAACGAAUCUUCCUGUAAUAAUACCUCCACAACAGCUACGAUCAAUACGAGUUGAACGUUUCCAAGCCGCCAUUACGAGUAAUGUGGCACAAAAAAAUGUGGCCUGGUACGAGCAACAUGGCGGCUAUGUUUCGUGGUUGUUUUGUGGAUUGUUUUGUGGUAGUUAUCGGAAGAAAAUAGUUUUGAUAUGAUCCGGUACAGUCAUGGGCAGACAGCUUUCUGUUCCUAUGUUCUAGAUCAGAUGGCUUUACAUGUAUAUCUCCAAAAAGUAAUUUGUGGAAAAAAUGAGACUUCACUCGUACACGUACGGUUUCUUUCUGGUAUCGGGAGCAGAAGUAUUGCAAUUUUUAAGCACAGAAACGUCCAAUACCAUGCAUUUUUUAUUCCUGUUUAAACUUUUAUUUGAAAAAAAGGGAGGGGGAAUUUUUGGCGACCUGAAUUUGCCCUCUGGUGACCAAAAAUUUAUACUUGAUCGCCAGUUGGCGCUCGUAUUAAAAAGUUAAUUUCGGACCCUGAGUUGAUGGUUUUAAACUCUGGUUAUCGACCUGAUUUGCCAUCUGUCAGUUAUAAUUUGUGAUGUUUUUGGCUCAUGUCUUCAUUCAUAAUCAAUCUUUCAAAAUCAAUAGUUCAAACUCACUUCUUUUUUUGGAACACAAAUUGUCUGAGAGUUAAUACUCUUACCAUGGAACACUUUAAUCUCCUUUGCAGUGCUUCCCAAGUUUGAAGUGAAAGUAGAGCUGCCACCCUACCUACUUGAAAAAGAGAAAGCCCUUCAUGGGAAAGUGACUGUAAGGUGCGUUAAAAUUAGACUCAGUCGAGGCAAAUGUAUUAUCACUAUCAAUUUGUUAGUGACUCUCAUGGUUCGUACAAUCUUCAAAAGGUCUUGAAUUUUAGUAGUUGUCUUGAAAAGUUCUUUGAAUUCGGUUUAGGUCCUUGAAAAGUGCUAAUUGAUUUCCUUAUUAGGUCUUGAAAAGUCCUUGAAAUUCACUACCUUGUUUACACCAGACACCCGUUUUCUGUAAAAUUAGGCUUUUCGGCUGAGGAAAAUCUGGCUCACUAUAAUUCCUGAGUGUAAGAACCUAUAAAACACAUGGGUAACGUAAAAACAUUUUUGUGUUUGAACAAUAUUUUAUUUCUAGUUUUUCUUUAUUUCAAAUACAAUUUUAGUACCUAAGGUGCAAUUGCAAGUCAUACCCAGUCAUUUGCAAGAUGUUGUUGUGGAAAGUAGUAUUAAAUAAUGUGAACAACCUGUGAUGACUGAAGAAGUUAAAAUCAUAAAUGACUCCACGACACAUUUUAGCCAAUAAUGUGUUCAAAAGGGGGGUUAAAGAAUGCCAAUUUUUUAAAUAAAUCUUAGUCCUUGAAAACUGUAAUUUGUCCUUCAAAAAUCCUUGAAAAGUCCUUGCAAUUUGUUUGUAUGAACUAUAUGUGGACCCUGUGCUGUCAGCUUGAUUUCACAUUGUUAAAUGCUCCUCCGUACCUUAUGUGAAGUUGAAGGGUAGUUGGCAAAAAAAUUGAAGAAGCUGCGUCAUGAAAUUUAUCAAAGUUCAAACAGAUUGCGAAACACAGCAAAUACAAAAGGCGGAACCAGACAAACAAACCUGAAGAAGACCACUAUGGACUACAAUGAUGAUGAUUUAAUUGAGAUGUUUAAAGACCUUUUAUUUUGUUAUACUGGUAAUGCUUGGGUAACAUAUUCUUAUAUUGUUUGACACAAAUGAAGCUGUCAUUUUGCCAAGCAUUAACCAUUGUCUCCAGUCUCUCAAGAGAGAUUUGAAGCAAAGGUUAUGCCAACUUUUUUAUUUCUUUAUUUCUUUAUUUCUUUUUUUUUUUUUUGGGGGGGGGGGGGGAGGAGGGGGGACAAGGUGUAAGGUGGGAAAUGUGCAAAUUGCAGAUGUUGAUGUUUCUUACUUUUUGUCAUAUUUUUUGACCCAACAAGGUACACUUAUGGCAAAGGUGCUAAAGGACGGGCAAAUAUUCAGUUGUACUUUAAUGCCUACAGUAGAGGAAAGAGGCCUGCAUUAGCUAAAGAUAUUGCUGUAAGUACUGAUUAUUUCUUCACCAUAUUAACAAAGUCUGUUUAUUUUUAUUGAUUGUUGACAUCUUUUUAAAAUUAUUGUUGUUUUUGUGGUUGUUGUCAUAUAUAACUACAGUAAUUUGUAAGCAAUGGAUAUACACACAACUUCACAUUUUAUUUAACAAACAAUGUCGUACAAAGCAGAAUGUUGAAGCAAAUCAAGCAAAGGAAUUAACUGAAUACAUGUUUGUGUCAUAGGCAAAGGCUCCAGCUACAGUAUAUCAUUUCAUAAACCAAAAAGUUCAUUACUUCUAAAAAAAACUGGGUGAAAGUAGGAGGCAACAGUCCCAUUUUCAUCAAACCCCCAAACUCCACCAGUCUGUCAAAUGCCUGAGGCUGUUUUUCUUUUUAUUCAUUGUAUUUCAUUCACCAUUAAGUACAAUCAUUGACAAGGAUGUAUAAACGAAUCACAUGUAGUCAAUUUAACUUUUUUAUUUUGAAUGUUUCGCCUCUAAACAAUGUGCUUCUUGUGCCUGAGAAAAUUCUGUUGAAAUAAAAUGAUGCUAUCAGUAACACCAGUUUUUUGUUACAACUUUCUUAUUAACAAUAAUACGAAGGAGUAAGGCAUUAAAAAAAGAGAUAAUGACAAAACACAAAGCUAAUAAAGAGGGAUGGAGGGAAAGGAACAAGUUUAGUAAGAAGGUGUUUCUUCAGUUUUUUCUUAAAAGUUGAUACACUAACUGAGCUUAGAAUGUCUCGACUAAGUGAAUUAAAAAACAAGGGACCUUGGUAUUGAAAUGAAAAGCGUCUUUUGUUAGUUCUGAUCUUAGGAACAUGAAAGGAACUGGCAUUCCAGGUUGUCAACUACAGCCACCAAACUUGUACUUUCCGCAUAAAUGAGGAUGGCCAAAUGUCAUCAUUAUCAUCAUUAAUGAACACAAUCUAAAAACGUUUUUUGGUAGGUUGAUGGAGAAGGCAGUUUUACUUUUGACAAGGGUCUCAUUCAGCAGUUGUUCAAAGAAUCUUUCAGCUGGGUCCGCGAUACCACUAUCGUAUAUGAAUAUCAAUAUUUUGUGUCAGUGAAUGCUACUUUCCAUGAAGACCUAACCGGCAAAGUUGCCAGCGCACAGGGGAGUGUGUCUCUUCAUGAGAUGGAUGUGAAGCUAAAAUUUCCUGACUUCAACCCUGGUUAUUUUAAACCAGGAUUACCAUUUGAGGUCAUGGUAAGUAGACAAGAUUCAAGGAGGUUAACGUCGGCAGAGAUUCUAUAUCAAAAUUAUACUUCGUAUUGCCUCCGUUUUAUUUUGAUUUCCCUCCUCAGGGGCACCCAUCGAGAAUAUAGUUCAAAAGCACUUAAACAUAGCAUUGUUGAACGUAUUUUAGUAUUUAAACGGUAGAUAUAGGCAUAUUUUUAUCCCCUAAAAAUUUUUUAUCUGUUCGGAUUUCCUAGCUGAAAGUCUAGUGAUCCGAAAAUUAUAGGGAUCAAAACUUACCUUUUCGAAAAUUUUAGAUGUUCGAAAAUCCUAGGAGAGGCAGGCAAGCAAGAAAUCUUACAACAAAUGUUCCGAAAAUUCCAGAUCUCAAAUCGUCUUCCGAACAGAUAUUUCCCGAAAAUUGACGUUGGGUGCCCCUGCCUCCUCUCCCCAACUAUCUCUCUCUCUCUGCUAAGUGCCUAAUACACAAUAUUGACACCUUGGGCUCAUUGUUAUGCACGAAGUACAACGACUGAUAUCGCCGGGACAGGUUUACGAGAUAUUCAUAACUGGAAAAAAAAUUAGGGAACGAGGUGAAAGACUGUUACAGGCCCACAGUAAUUGGCAAAAUCUGUCAUCACUGAAAUUAACGCCUUAUAUCUUUUUAUAAAAGCACUCUUUCUGAAUUCCGCUCAACACAUAACACACUACAGUCAACCAAGUUUGUCUCUUUGCUGUUCCAGCAAGUGAAGUUGUGUAUCUGCGCUAAAUUCUUGGACACAAAAUUGUCGGAAAAGUCAAAUUUUGAGACGCCCGAAGGUGUCCCGACUAAAGAACGAGUUCCAAGCAAUAUGCCGUAAAGUUGCGAAAAUAAGCCCCUCCAAAUAUAAGCCCCCCAAACUCGUAACGCAAAAAACUCUCCGUUAAAUCGCCCCUCCGAAUAUAAGCCCCCCCGGGGGGCUUGUACUUGGAAAUUGCCCUCAAAUACAAAGCGAAAAAAAGCAAAAUCGGUAAAUUUCUUUCCAACUAUAAGGCUAACACAAUCGAUUUUGAAACGCAAAUUUCCCUCCGUAGAUAAGCCCCUCCAGAAAAAGGCCCCUCAAAAAGGGCCUUUGAUAAAUAUAAGCCCCGAGGCUUAUUUUCGGAAUUUUACGGUAUGUAACAAUUGUAAUUACGGUCAAUUACAUUCCACUCUUUAAUUUGGUUUAUAAGCUGCAAUGUUUUCAAGGAUUUUUGAGGCGAAAAAAAAAACGUACAAAGAGUUUUGGUAUUAAUUCCACAUAAUUAAAAAUCACUGACACAAGGUUUGAUUCAGAGCCCGUUUGUUACUUUCCUGGGACUUUUGAAUCGACAUUUUGUUCGCAGUCUGCGUGUCACAGGUGCAAGUGAACACUUUAAAUUAUGCACUACUCUUUACAAGUAAUAUAUGGGUUCUUAAAAGGGACAGGUUCACGGUUAAGCGCAUGCUCAUUAAUUAAAUUACUUUUUUCCAAUUUAUUAUUAAUUCUGUCGGUUAAUAAUCCCACUCACAUGUAUCUCAGUGAUCUCAGAGUGUAUUUCAAAGAAGAAGUGUAUUUCAGAGUAACCUAAAGUAGGAUGGAGGAGUACUAAAAUCGCAGAAAAUAUUAGUGGAUUAUGCCAACACUACCAACGUUGAAUUUAUUGUUGACCCGAAGGUGUUAUUCCAUGGUUGAUUAAUUUACAGCUAUUUGCAAAUAUUUAAGUUGAUCAAGUGGGGAGUGUGCAGAUUGGUUCUUUGACAACAUUAGGGCCAUUUAUACGAGAAAAAAUAAGACGCGUUUUACAUAAGACGCGUCUUAAAUAAGACGCGAACUGUGCCAUUUAUACGAGCAUGUCUUAUCUAAUAAGACGCGUCUUAGCUAAGCCGCGUCUUAUUUUAGGUGAAAUGUGCCGUUUAAACGGAAAGUUCGCGUCUUAUGUAAGACGCGUCUUAUUUUUCCUCGUAUAAAUGGCCCUAUUAUGACAUGAUCAUAUUUCUUGCAUAGACGAUACAGCGUGUUCCGGUAACAAAACAACAUUUUGAUAAAUGAAUAUCGUCCUUAUCCGAGAACACUAGAAAGUCUAACCGUUUGCAGAAGUCUUGACGCAGGCAGCACUUUCUCCUCAGUUUCUUUUUAAGACCCUGAGGGUUUGUCCUGCCGGGGUAUGAACCAGUGGCCUCUCGCUCGGCAAACCUGCGCUUAUCCAGUUGAGCUAACCGGGUGGCAAUUGCUGUUGUUGUUGUUGUUUUUAGCUUCAAGUUGUAAAGCCCAAUGGAGAUCAACACAGUCCAGAUACAUUGAAGUCAAUGAAAGUCAAUAUUAGAACAUCGUACAACUGGAGACAAAGAAGCUCAGAGGAAUCCGUAACUCCCUCUGAAGAUGGAAGUAUCAUUAUUAAGAGACAGAUCCCUUCAGAUGCACAGAAUAUAAAUCUAGAAGUAAGAUGA